CCCCUGGUGAUGGCAUCCGACAGUGAAGUGAAGAUGCUGCUGAACUUUGUGAACCUGGCAUCCAGCGACAUCAAGGCCGCCCUGGACAAGUCCGCGCCCUGCCGCCGCUCCGUGGACCACCGCAAGUACCUGCAGAAGCAGCUCAAACGCUUCUCCCAGAAGUAUUCGCGGCUCCCGCGGGGCCUGCCCGGCCGAGCCGCUGAGCCCCACCUGAAAAGGGGGCCCGAGGACCGGCCGGGGAGGCUGCUCCUCGAUUCCUGCCCCGAUUCCAGCCCCGGCUGCAAGGAGAAGGCGCUGGGGAGCGCCCUCCCGGAGGAAUGCCUCUCCCACGAGCAGACCCUGCAGGGGCAGGAUCCAGAAGCUGCCAGGCCUGGCCAGGUGCCCAUGCGGAAAAGACAGUUGCCUGCGUCCUUCUGGGAAGAGCCGAGGCCCACCCACAGCUACCCCCUGGGGCUGGAGGGGGGACUGGGCCCCAGGGAGGGAGCUCCCUAUGAGGGUAAGAAACACUGCAAGGGCUUGGAGCCCUUGGGGCCCGAGACGGCCUCGGUGCCCCUGUCCCCGAGGGCCCUGGCUGACAAGGAGCUGCUCACGAUGCCCGGGAUCCCCCUGGUGGGCCGGGUCAAUGCCUGGAGCUGCUGCCCCUUCCAGUACCAUGGACAGCCCAUCUACCCUGGCCCUCCAGGGGCCCUGCCCCCGAGCCCCGUGCCCGGCCUGGCCCUGUGGCAGAAGAGCCCCGGCCGCCCUGCGGAGCUGAGCCACUUCUGCAAGGACAUGGACGGCCUGGGGCAGAAAGUGUGCAGGCCCGUGGUUCUCAAGCCCAUCCCCACCAAGCCGGCCAUGCCCCCACCCAUCUUCAAUGUCUUUGGCUACCUCUAG